GUCCCUCACAGCACUUUAAAUCAAACAUGGCCAGUCAAAUAUCGCGAGCUUGUAACGUUGACCCGCCCAAAUAAGAUGCCUACAAUUCAGAUUAGACAUAGGCUAUUUACUGACUUAAAGGUGGGUUGAUCUGCCUUCAAUUGUUAGAGGGAUUCCGUGACAUCAGUGCAAUGUGAUUUUAUUGAUAUCAAAAUGGUGCAGUGCACAUGGUAGUCAUCGUGAUGGACAUGUGUUCUCUACCAUUUCAUUUAAGUUCGGAAACCUCUCAUUUAAAAUGAGGAUUGCAAGUAUUCUACUCCCCAGUUUUCUCACUCAAAGUACUCUGUAAGGGCGAAUGAAUUGAAACGGAUCAAUAUCUGCGCUUUAAUAAGAGAAUGCACAAGGUAACAAAUCUGCAUGUGCGGAUCAUGCGAAACAAAGGUUGUGAUUUCUAUGCAGAGCAAUUAUUAGAAAGUUAAAGUCUUAGUUUUGGAUAAUACACGACUCUGCAACAAGGAUCGCGGUUUGAUGGAGUUUCAAGCUAGUUUAACAACUGCGUUUCCCAACGACACAAAUUUCACGGAUGGAACUCUUCCUAAGACCUUGUCCGCUGUUACGGCUUCCCUCUCGCUCUUGGGAUCCUUCAUAAUCUUUCUCACGUUCUGGAUGUCGCCCGACUUGCGAACUACAGCUCGCAAAAUGAUCGUGUUUAUAACAGUCGCCGAUUUCCUAUUUGCUGGCACAACCAUCGUAGAUUAUUUGGAAGACAGAUUAGGAUCAACAGGUUAUUUUGUUCGAACACUUGAGGUGACAAUACCACGAAUUAUGGCGCUGGUUUCAUCGCUCAUUUGGACAGUUCAUUUGUCCUUCUUUUUUUACUUAACAAUUUGUAGAAGAAUUUCCAUGGAAUCAGAAAGAUUGUUUUUAAUGUUUUUUCACAUAACGGCUUGGGGAGUACCUUUUGUGAUCAUUGUGGUUGCUUAUUUCUUCAACGGAGUUCAAUUAUUGGCAGACCUUGAAACUGGAUACAAGUGCUGGAUCCGGAAUGAAAAAACUUGGAAGGCAAUGUGCAUCUGGACAACUAUUACAGGAGAGGGUUGGGCCAUCACGACAUACAUCACCAUGACCGUGUUCUACCUACUGGUCAAGCAGCACAUAAGAAGAGAGGUAUUCAAAAAAACUUCAAUAAGGUCAAAAAAAUUUGAUUGAAAUAGUGCUCAGAGGAAUAGGUUAAUUUUGCACUUAAGCUGGGUGGCCCAUCCAAGUGGAGCCAAUCCUGGUUUCUGUUGCAUGAAGCCAGAAGGGUGCCAAUCCAUCUCAGGGUUAUCCUAAUAAGCUUUUGCCAAUAAUUAUUUCUUUAUAUCCUCAAGAGGAGAGAAGCAUGGGGAGAGUUCAAUAUGCAUAGUAUCUAAUUUCUUCUUAUAUUAUAACCCUUAUAUCAAAAUCAAAUCAAAUUAAAAAAACAAAUUCUCUCAGCCAUUACCUCAAAAAAAAUGUUUAGAGAACAGUAUGGAGUAUAUGCAUACUGAUGUUAGAGUGUAAAGCAGUAAGAUAAGUUUAAUGCCAAAAUAAUAUAAUAUAAUAACCCAGUCAGCACUCCAAUUGGGACUUCUUUGUCAAGUCUUCAGAGCAUUACUCAGUAGCUGGGCUAAAUUUCAUUCCACUGAGGAUAGGAAUGAGAUGAGAUUCCUAUCACUUUAUUGGUAUACACUUCAGUCAAUGUAGUGGGGAUAUUUACACUUUUAACCCUUUAACUCUCAAGAUCUGAUUGUUAAUUCUCCCCUCUAGCUGCUACACAUUUCCUUGUUAAUAAGUUGGGAGAAUUUGGUUUUAGAUCAAGAUAACAACUUCUACCUGAUACAUUUGAGUAUUCACAUCACCUGUUUGUUGAAUAGUGCAUGGAUAUUGUAGGGAGAAAUUACUUGUUAAUCACUUCUGGGAGUUAAAGGGUUAACUUAAUACUGGUAACUAGUAACUUGGUUCUCUUUCUCAGACUCUGCCUACACUCCUUCACUUAGCACCUGUAGUUCCCUUUUUCUCUUUGCUCACCUCAUGAUCAGUCUAGCUGGCAGAGCUACAUUGUAAUGAACAAUUUCUUUUCUCUUUUUUUAGCUGAAGUCAAGAUUUUCUCCAGGAAGCACAUUUUUAACAUGGAAAUCUGGUCAUGUUGCAAGAAUGAUGGACUGCAAAUUAACAUUUAUUCCCAUGAUAUUUAUCCUGGAGCGUAUUUGGGGAACCAUACGAUUUUUCCUCCUUGUAACACAUUUUCACAAUCAUGGAAAGGAAAAUUUUACUUUACAGUGGCUUGAAAUUCUUCAUGUAAGUAACACUGCCCUAUACUAUCACUGAAACACUGAUUGAUGGACUGGUAAUAUUCUUGUGUUAUUCAAUGCAUCAGUAAGAUUUAAUUGCUUAAUUAUAAACAUAUAGUCUUCUGCUCUGAAGAGUUUGCAGACCCUGAUUGUUUGAAGCUUGGAUGACACUAUCCACUGGGUAAAUCUCUGUCUGGUGGACAGUGCAGUGCAUUUUGAAAUCACUUAUCUGCUAUGUGAGAAACCUGCUUGUUGAUUUUAAAACCCAGUGGUUGUCUAUAAAAGCCAAUUCCACAUAUCUCAACUAUGUGCUUUUGUAUUUACCCAAAUUUGUGGUGUGUAGCCACUAUAGUUUUUUUUCAGUUUGGUAGGGAAAGGAGAGGGGGGCUACUUCUUAACCCUUAGUCCCCAAUGAGGUACUUGCAUCUAAUUUCUCCUUACAAUAUCCCCACUGAAUCACACAUUUAGGACACAAGAAUAGUUGGAAAUGAUCACCAACUAAACAAACUCUUGAUUGUUGAACAAAUUCUUCCUGUCAGUACCUUAGGAAAUGUAUUGAAAAUAGUACAGAUAAUAUGCACAGUGAUGUUAGAGUAGAAAGGGUUAAUGUAUAAACCAAACUCUAACUUUUACUUUGUAUGCUUUUCUUCCAGGGUAUUGGGAUUAACAGCCAAGGAUUUACAAAUUUCAUCUUGUUUGUCUGGUGUACCACAAAGAUAAGAGAAAAGUUAAUAAUGGGGUGUGUUCAUUGCUUGUCACUUUUUUGCAGAUAUCAUAAAAGAGAUCAACCAGUAAUUAGCAGAGAGAGGUUUUAUAAAACAUUUAAUGAUGAAUAGAUACUGUCAGUGUUCAUGCUCUGUAGUUGCCUGAAUUACAUUAUAUACUUGUCAUUUAGUUAUAUAUCUGAGUUCUUUUCCAAGAACUAACAGUUAUGACAAAUGUGUAGUUACUGGAAUUUUUCACAGUUGUUUGGUUAGAACAAAGAUUCUUUUUUCCUCUUAAUUGGAGUAUGUUGUUAUUAUUUAUUCUUGUGUAUGUUUUCCCAUAUUAAAAUGAAAAACUUUAAUUUAUUGCUUUGAAGCAUUGCCAUACCUCAGGGAACAGUUAUACUUAUGAAUUAUAUCAAUUAAAGCUGUGAAUAAAGUUCAAUACCAGUGG